AUAAAAAAAAAACAGAGAAGCUUCUUUAUUCUCUCUGUGGCCAAAACUAGUACAGUGAAAACUCCUCCAUCUCAUUCUGACUCUAUAAUAUCCACUCAAGCAAUAACUGUAUAAGAUACCAAAUCUAAUUUACUUCACACCGGCAAUCAAUAGACAAUAGAGGUUCUGUUUGAGUUCUUUUAUUUGAUUGUAAAGACAAGAAAGCAGAUAAGCUCACAGGCCAAAACUAUAGCAAACCCACUUUUGCCAAGAGGGUUAUCUCCUGGCAAGAGAAAAAAAAACAAGAAUGGGAAGAUUCAGAACUAAGCCACCUUCAUUUCCCUCCAUUUUCUUGCUGUUUCUUACACUUUCAUGUGUUUCUACGACCCAACAACCAAGCCCCAUCAAGACCAUUGUGGUUUUGGUGAUGGAAAACAGAUCUUUUGAUCAUAUGAUUGGUUGGAUGAAGAAAUCUAUUAAUCCAGCAAUCAAUGGUGUCUCUGGAACAGAAUGCAAUCCUGUAUCGACCAAGAAUCCAGGCCCACAAUCCAUUUGUUUCUCAGAUGAUGCUGAGUUUGUGGAUCCAGAUCCUGGACACUCUUUUGAAGCUGUGGAGCAACAGGUAUUUGGCAAUAGCUCUUUUCCUUCAAUGAGUGGUUUUGUUGAACAAGCUCUCUCCGUGUCACAAAACCUCUCUGAAACUGUCAUGAAGGGCUUUAGGCCUGAAUCUGUGCCAGUUUACGCCACACUUGUAAGGGAAUUUGCAGUCUUUGAUAGGUGGUUUUCUUCAAUCCCUGGUCCAACACAACCCAAUAGGCUGUUUGUGUAUUCUGCUACUUCUCAUGGCUCAACAAGCCAUGUUAAGAAGCAAUUGGCUAUAGGAUAUCCUCAGAAGACAAUUUUUGAUUCACUUCAUGAGAACGGUAAGGACUUUGGAAUUUACUUCCAAAACAUUCCAACAACUUUUUUCUUUAGGAACAUGAGGAAAUUGAAGUAUAUUUUUAAGUUUCAUCUGUUUGAUUUCAAGUUCAAGAAAGACGCUAGAGAUGGGAAGCUGCCAAGCUUAACUGUGAUUGAACCAAGGUAUUUUGAUAUUAAAGGAUUGCCUGCAAAUGAUGAUCACCCAUCUCACGAUGUUGCUAAUGGUCAAAACCUGGUUAAGGAGGUUUAUGAGACAUUGAGAGCUAGUCCCCAAUGGAAUGAGACCCUUUUGGUCAUUACAUACGAUGAACAUGGGGGGUUUUAUGACCAUGUCGAGACUCCUUAUGUCAAUGUUCCCAGCCCAGAUGGGAACACCGGCCCUGCCCCAUCUUUUUUCAAGUUCGAUAGGCUUGGAGUUCGUGUGCCGACAAUUAUGGUCUCUCCUUGGAUCAAGAAAGGCACUGUGAUAAGUAGCCCAAAUGGGCCUGCUCCAAGCUCAGAGUUCGAGCACUCUUCAAUUCCUGCGACCAUAAAGAAAAUGUUCAACCUCUCCUCAAACUUCUUGACACACAGAGAUGCAUGGGCCGGCACAUUUGAAGGAGUUGUUGGGGAGUUAACCUCUCCCAGAACUGACUGCCCAGUGACCAUGCCAGAUGUAGCACCUCUGAGAACAACAGAAGCAAAAGAAGAUAGUUCAUUAUCCGAAUUCCAGAGCGAGGUAGUUCAACUAGCUGCUGUUCUUAACGGUGACCACUUCUUGAGCAGCUUCCCAGAUGAGAUAAGCAAGAAAAUGAACGUAAAAGAAGCUCUAGAUUAUGUUGAAGGUUCUGUUACAAGGUUCAUUAGAGCUAGCAAAGAGGCUAUCAAUUUAGGAGCAGAUGAAUCUGCCAUUGUAGAUAUGAGAUCGUCGCUCACUACUAGAUCUUCAGUUCACAAUUAGUUGUUAAUCUUCUGGGGGGUUUCCCUCUAUUUAUCUGUUCAAAACUGUGUGUAGCUUCAUUUGUCAUUCAAUUGGUGAAAGUAGAGUGCAAUAAAGCAGAAGGAAAGUUCUCCUGCA